AUGUGGAGCGCCAGAGCACCAGCUCAUGCUCUUCCUCGCUACCGACGGCGGAUGCUCAGGCAGAAUUCCAAAGUUGUCGCAGGGUCGCACGAGGUGGUCGUCGAGGAGCGCUGCAAGCUGGUUACAAGCGAGACACAGUGCGGCGAGUGCGGAGUGGCAGCGACAGCGACAACCUCGCCGGCCGACAUGGGUAAGGACGAACCUCCGGAGGAGGUGACCAAGGCCAAGAAUUUGGCGUCGGUGCUGCAGUCAUUCGCGUCGGUGUUCGCGGACGUCACGGACAUGGUGCUCAUGGUUCUUGCGAGCUCUUGCAUUCUCGAGGGAGUUGAAGCUAUCCUACAGGACAUUGGAGCUCCGAGAUGGACUCACGCACCGCAGAGAACGGCCACGGAACAGAAGAGAACGUCAUGGAGGUGGAGUGUCGGGACCUGGACCAUGGCAAUGACACGCUGGGCUCAUCGCCAUGGGGAGGCGCCCCAAGAAGCGACGCGCGGGGACAGCAACGGGGACGAGAACGAUCCAUCCCUAAACUCGAGCCCCGACGGCGUCGUGCUGGCCGUCCCUAUUGCCACCGCCACUGAGGAGACCGAGCCCGCGAAUCCCACCGAGGCGACGGCGACGGAGAAGAAGAGUAGGAAAGAAUGCCUACAGAGGUUACAGAACGGGAUAGAAGUUCAGUAUGAUAGUGCAAACAGAGAGCAUCAGGUUGACAGCCGAAGCGCAGAGCCUCCACCAGCACCACAACCAAGCCAAGAGGAGAGGCACAGCGGCUUCUGGAAGCUUCCCUCUCAUCCGGUUGCGGUUCCAAAUCGCCGCGGCUCCUCCGCCCGCAGCGCCGCCAGCCAGGCAGGUGUCGUCUCUGGCCCUGCCGCCCGCCCCGCCCUCGGUCAUAUGAUUGCACUGAAUCCUGAGAUCGUACUACCGUCUUGGAAACAAAUGGAGAACGGAAGUGGUGCGGUUGUACCUUCUAAUUCUUCAGAUAGGUCUGACAGGUCUGACAAACCUUUGGACCAAAAGACAAUGCGACGGCUUGCCCAGAAUCGUGAGGCAGCAAGAAAAAGUCGGCUGAGGAAAAAGGCAUAUGUGCAGCAGCUGGAGAGCAGUAAGCUGAAACUUGCACAACUGGAGCAGGAACUCCAGAAAGCUCGCCAGCAGGGAAUCUUCAUUUCCAGCUCUGGAGACCAAACCCAUGCCAUGAGUGGAAAUGGAGCAUUGACUUUUGACAUAGAAUAUGCUAGAUGGCUAGAGGACCAGAAUAAGCAGAUAAAUGAGUUGAGGACUGCAGUGAAUGCUCAUGCAAGUGACAGUGAUCUACGACUUAUUGUAGAUGGCAUAAUGGCACAUUAUGAUGAAAUAUUCAAGGUCAAAGGUGUUGCUGCAAAGGCUGAUGUAUUUCAUAUACUUUCAGGCAUGUGGAAGACACCUGCUGAAAGGUGCUUCCUGUGGCUUGGGGGUUUUCGUCCAUCUGAGCUUUUAAAGCUCCUAGCGAAUCACCUCGAGCCCCUAACUGAGCAGCAAAUGCUGGGUUUGAACAACCUCCAGCAAUCUUCCCAGCAAGCAGAGGAUGCGUUGUCACAGGGCAUGGAAGCACUGCAGCAAUCUUUGGCAGAGACUUUAGCUGGAUCUCUUGGUCCAUCAGGUUCUUCAGGAAAUGUGGCAAACUACAUGGGUCAGAUGGCCAUGGCCAUGGGCAAACUUGGGACACUCGAGAAUUUUCUUCGCCAAGCCGACAACCUGAGACAGCAGACAUUGCAUCAAAUGCAACGCAUUCUAACGAUACGACAGGCUUCUCGUGCUCUUCUUGCCGUCCAUGACUACUUUUCGCGGUUGCGUGCUUUAAGUUCUCUGUGGCUUGCUAGGCCGCGCGAAUAA